AUGAUGGCAACCGCUACUCUUGCGAAUCCUAUGAACAACUCAAACUACUACGUGAACCCGCCCGCGGGCCCCUCGCCGCCUGAGGCCUACCAGUAUGGCAACAAAGGCUAUGCUUCGGCCUCGGGUACCCCACCGUCGAGCAAUAUCUCGCCAACGAGCAACCACUCCGCCUUGAACGUGCGACAACUGCGACAGCCACGGCAACCACUCUACACUCCAGCCGCUCUUCGGCCUCCGAAGGAUGCAGGCACGCGACCGACGGACAUCCCUGGUCGACCUCGUGCACCAGACACACCGCCAGCCAGCAACGAAAGCAGUUUCGACAGCGCAAAAGCAGAGUCGCCUGCAGUGAUUGAGUUCGCUGCUGGCAUGCCAUUCGGUGCACACACGGAGCAGGAUGUCAACAGCAUGCGAAGAGGCCUGAGCCGAGCCGCGAGCGAGGACUACAACGAGGCCGAGCUGGGAGAAGUCACUGGACCGCCAACAACAGCCCACUGGAAGCCCGACGAAUCUGCGCCGUCAUGCUAUGUAUGCAACGAGUCGUUCACCUGGUACUUUCGUCGACACCACUGUCGACGCUGUGGAAACCUUGUAUGCGACUACCACAUCAAGAACAGCGUCCCAUUGGAUCAGAAUGCGCGCUACCACCCACAAGGCCUUGACAGCAAAGCCUGCAAGCCAUGUUUUGACGGCUGGAGGGUGAUUAGGAAGCUUCACCACUCCCGUACCAACAGCAUCGCCGAGUCCAGCAGCUCCGGCGGCACCGCCAUGCCCAUUCCUAACCUUCGCCACCGACGUGACGAUGUCCGUAUCGGCAGCAUGGCCCGCUCAGAGGGUGGCAUGGUCUGGAGCACAUUCUAA